UAUAUAUAUAUAUUUUUUUUUUUGUUGCUGUAUUAUUUUAUUUCUACGUGAGAAAACAGUGCAUGGAUGUGUGUGACAAGAAGAUAUCGUCGAAAAGGAUUAAAGAAGUUUGGUUUACUUGUUCAUUUUUUUUUUUUAUCUAUUUCAAGUGAUACGUGAAAAUUAGUGAUAAAAAUGUUUACGAAACGUUUCAAAAAAGAAGAUAUGAAUUUGGAAGAAAUUGUUUGAAACUUUUAGUGAGAUGAUUAUGGUGAUACUUUCGAAGAAGCUUUUUACACGUUUUUGUUAAAGGAUCAUUGAAGUAUGUAAGACGAAUCCUUUCAGAUUCGUCUACUUCUUGUGUUACUUUAAAUAAAAAUAAAGUAUUUGAUCCUGUCAAGCUCGAUAAAGAAGAAGAAAACAGAAGAAAAGUAUUUUCCUUGAUUUCUUUACUGGCAGCCUACAUUGAAAGGAAAAACGUAAGAACAAAAAAUAUAACAGUGCAACGUUAGUGAAAUUCGAAAGAAAAUUUUUUGACAAAAAGGAUUAGUGACGAGAAAAAAAAAAAAGAAAAAAGAAAAAAGAAGAAAAAAGUUCACCGAUCAAAAAUUCCAGUUGCAUUUUGUUCAACGAGUUAUGACGAAAAUGUGCUGUUAGCAAAUUUGUGACAAGCCGUCGGCUCGACAAUUUUUCGCAAGCUGAGGUGGAGGAUGGAGGAGUUGGAGACGCUGGAGAGUACGGAGUGCCCGGAAUGUCCCGGGCCACCCCCUGAAUUCCGGUUGCCACCACCCCCUCGGCCACCUUUCCUCACCGAGGGAACCUUCUGCUCGGAGGCGCCCUUAGCCGAGCUCGAGGACUGCGUUGCCAUUCCGAUGAUCGACGCUUCUUAUCACACAAAUCCGUCGCUACAAAGCACUGCCCUGAUAAUCACAUGCGGUGUGGUACUACUUUUGAUGGCAGCUAUAGUUUCCGUUGUUUUUUGGAAGCACAAACGAAAAGUACAGAAUUUAUUGCCGUGUAAGAGUGCAGCGGGUGCAGCAGCAGCAGCAGCGGCAGCAGCAGCGUCAGGACGGACACGGGUACUUCCGGACUGCCAAUCUCAUGGUGGUUCAGUUGGUAAUACCAGUACCAACGCUGCAGCCGUACUCUACGAGGAUUUGCCUGACACUAUGGGGGGAGGAACAACCGGUACCCAUUCCUCUCAACUACACAAUCACUUGACGCCGAGUCAGCAGCAUCAUCAUCAUCAUCAUCAUCCGAUUGGUCAAGCUCCGACGAUCGAGAUGCUGGACGUGAAGGAAAGCAAUAGAGGUGUAUUCGUCUGCAGCAGUCCUGGUCCAGAUCCUUACACGUCUCAGGAUCUUUAUAAUCCUGUUUACGAAGAACUCAGUAACGGGGACCAUCCAGAAACGGACGAGGAAAGCGAGUUGAACGCUCGUAAUCGUUUAAAUCAUCAUCAUCAUCAUCAUUGUCAUCAUCGUCGUGCAUCUACGUCAAAAGCAGGUAGUGAGGAUGAGUUCGCUGAGGAUGAACUAUCGGUCGGUGAACCUUCCGAGGCUAGGAUGCUAACGUCUAAUGGUCCCGCAUGGGGCACGUGUCCUGCUGGUAACAGACAGCCAAGGGAACGAAGGGGUAGAAGCCCUAGGAGUUUAGAUCGGCGCAAGAGAGACAAAAGUCACGACGUUGGCGAAUUCCAUGAGGGGAUGCUUCUAGACGCUUUGCUGCAACUUUAUCCUAGCGUGGCAGGUAGUGUAGCAGGAAGCAGAACGAAUAGUAGUCAACGACAACAACAAUCCGUCCCAUCGGUGGCACAUAGACUACCAUAUUUUGUGCCGCCAAUGCCAGCAACUCAAGCAUUAAGACUUGAAGAAAACCCAUACGAAAGUGUACCAGUUCUCGGACCAUUACAUCGUUAUUCGAGUCAAACGAGAAAUAAUAAAGAAAGAUUGAGAAAAUCUAAUGAUAAGUACAAGUACAUGAGUGCUAGUCGUGACGGUAGUGUUGGUGGUGGUGGUGGUGGUGUUGGUGUCGGUGUCAGUGUUGCUAAUGUUACUAAUAACACUGUUGGUAAUAACGGUGGUAAUAAUACUGGUAACAAUCAAUAUAAUACAAAUUAUUAUGGUAUACAAAAUCAAGAAACUACUACACCAGUUUACACCCAAGUUGGUGGUGACAAUUAUUCAUCGGACACAUAUUCUCAACCAACCGAUAGACUUUAUGUUAACAACGAUGACAACAAGUAUACCCAACCGGUUUAUUAUGCUACCAGGGAUAACGAUCAAAUGUCAUCGGGAAGAUUAUACCAAGGCCAACCAGACAGCAGCUUUGGUAGCGACAGUGGUUAUAGUCAUCACACAUCUGGUACCACGGGAACCACUGGUACACGUGGUAGCAAUUCAAGAACCAAUCAUAGAAAGGACAAACAUCGGAAUUCACAUCAUUCUCAUCAUUCAAACGAUUAUAUCGUUUCUUAAUGAAUUCAUAUACGCGAAUGAUUAACGUGACUAUUAUCAUUCCGUGUUUUUUUUUUAAUUAAAAUAACGAGGGUGGUGAAUGGAGGAAA